AUGUGUAUUGGACAUGGUACAGCUCUCAUCCUUACGAUGAUCGGCGAUCGAACGGGUAGAACCCUCUGUACGGCCCUCCGAAUCGAGGGGUGUAGAACCCCAUCCGUCAAACCCAUAUUCGGCGCAUCAACGAGCGUCAAAGCUCGAGAAGGGCGUCGGGAAGUCGUCGGUCCUAAUACGGGGGAAGAGAAAGGCUGGGGUAGUCGAGAUGCGGGUAGGUGUAGAGGUGCUUCGUUGCCGUUGGGGAAGGAGGAGGACAGGCCUUCGAGUAG